GAGCGCCACGAGUCGGCAUUGUCAGGCGGCGGCACCGCGCGGGCCCGAGUGAGCUUGUCGGUCGGUGGGCUCCGAGCGGCGCGGCGGAGGGCGCGAGGUCGCGGCGGCUCCGUCGGCGGACCGAGGGGAGGCCCGGGAGCGCGGGCGUGAGCGCGGCCGAGCUCGCGGCGCCUUUCCGGCGGGUGGGGACGAGCGGGCCCCGCGGCGUCAUCGGCGGCGAGGAGCCGCCGCGCCCCGGCCUAGCAUGUCGGAAGUGGGUGAGGAGCAGCCCAUGGAGACGACGGGCGCCACCGAGAACGGACACGAGGCCGCCCCCGAAGGCGAGUCGCCGGCAGGGGCCGGCGGCGGGGCCGCGGCGGGCGCCGGAGGCGGGAGCGCGGCGCCCCCGGCCGGCAACCAGAACGGCGCCGAGGGCGACCAGAUCAACGCCAGCAAGAACGAGGAGGACGCGGGAAAAAUGUUCGUUGGUGGCCUGAGCUGGGAUACCAGCAAAAAGGACCUAAAGGAUUACUUUACCAAAUUUGGAGAGGUCGUUGACUGUACAAUAAAAAUGGAUCCCAACACUGGUCGGUCAAGAGGGUUUGGGUUUAUCCUCUUCAAAGACGCAGCCAGCGUGGAGAAGGUCCUAGACCAGAAGGAACACAGGCUGGAUGGCCGUGUCAUUGACCCCAAAAAGGCCAUGGCCAUGAAGAAGGACCCGGUAAAGAAAAUUUUUGUGGGGGGUCUGAAUCCUGAAGCCACUGAGGAGAAGAUCAGGGAGUACUUCCGCGAGUUUGGGGAGAUCGAGGCCAUUGAACUUCCAAUGGAUCCAAAGUUGAACAAAAGACGAGGCUUUGUUUUCAUCACCUUUAAAGAAGAGGAACCUGUGAAGAAAGUUCUGGAGAAAAAGUUCCAUACCAUCAGUGGAAGUAAGUGUGAAAUCAAGGUGGCCCAGCCCAAAGAGGUCUAUCAGCAGCAGCAGUAUGGCUCUGGGGGCCGUGGGAGCCGCAACCGAGGGAACCGAGGCAGCGGCGGCGGCAGUGGAGGUCAGAGUCAGAGUUGGAAUCAGGGCUACGGCAGCUACUGGAACCAGGGCUACGGCUACCAGCAGGGCUACGGGCCCGGCUAUGGCGGCUACGACUACUCGCCCUAUGGCUAUUACGGCUACGGCCCCGGCUACGACUACAGUCAGGGCAGCACAAAUUACGGGAAGAGCCAGCGCCGCGGCGGCCACCAGAACAACUACAAGCCGUACUGAGGCUUCGGCAGGACGCCCGACCGAUCGCACACGCUUGUUUGGAUCUCGAGUGAACACAAUUAUGUACCAAAUUUAACUUGGCAUACUUUCUA